AUGCCUCUGGUACAAGCAGCUAUGGCAGCAUCGACGACGAUGAAGCAUAUUGAUGAAAAUAUUUAUGCGCAUAUAUCGAAUAGAGAGAACGUGAAGAACGAUUCUGUUAAAACCCGUGGAAAAGUGUCAGUGGCAAACUUUGAAGACACACGAUGCCGAUGUGUAUGUCCAAGCACGAUGUAUUUUGUCGGAGAUAACGUUACUGAUAAAAGCGAUAAUCAUCGACGCUAUUACACUAUGACUAAUAUUAAUCCCAGUAAAUGUAAUCCGCAGUCUGUAGUAAAAGGUGAAGUGAUGAAAGUCAUUGACGACUUCCACAUGGACGCUUUUUUGGCCAACUGCGAUUGCCGAUUCGAGAGUAGGAAUACGGUAAUGUUGAAAGUUGUUGUAAUAUUUGUGAUCUGUGUGAUUAUGGUGCUUGUAACGUAUAUGGCUUUCUUAAUGUGCUUGGAUCCAAUGCUACGUAAGCAAAGGUUCAGUCAGCCUUCAUAUCGACAACAAAAUGAUGAGAUAGAGGACAACAUUUUUGCGCGAGCAGUCGACACUUCUUCAUCCGAAGGCACUUCAGCGGCAACAGUUCGUGCGAGGACGAGCAGUAAGCCAAACGUCCUUGGACGAGUCGAAGCCGAACAGAACCGAUGGAUGAAAAAAGUGGAAGAACAGAGAAGAAAUAUUUUCGAAGAUCAUACAAUGCUGAACUGA